AUGGCCGAUGCAGUUGUCGCGAUUUCCUCCCCUUCCUCGUUUCACGUCCUCAAGAAUUUACCGAAGUUGUCGCUUCCAGCCUUGGCACCGGUACAAGUCAAUAUUAGGACUGUGACAUUACACCGAAAUAUUUCUGGUGACUUUGAUUUUAUCGUACGACGUACGCAGAUUCCUGAUAAACAAGGGAAAUUGCAUGCUGUUGCCUUUGUGGAACCCGUAAAGUUCCGAGAUGGUCCACCAAGACCAAACGAUAUUCGGUAUGGGUUACUACCGGGUGACCAGUUGCUGCGAAUCAAUGGUACUUCAAUCGACGUGUUAAGUCGGAACGAUUUAUCCACUCUUAUGGAGGUUUUUAUUACUUUUUCUCCUUUUUCAUAA